CGCCGGCGCCCGGCCCGCGCCGCCGGGAAGGAGGAACCGCCAGCGCGCUGGGCUCCGCGCCCGGACGCCCGGACGCCGCGCUGCCGCCCGGUUCCAUGAUGGAGUUUGAACAUUACCUCAAGAGGUUUCAUAUUUUGGAUUAGUUAAUCGUCUUUACCCUCUGCUGGGGACUUUGAAACUUCGGAUUCAGUUUCUGUGUCCUUCAAGACAUUACAUGCAGAGAUUGUACCAUGGACUGCAAGGAGAGCUGCCCGAGUGUGAGCAUCCCCAGCUCUGAUGAACACAGAGAGAAAAAGAAGAGGUUCACAGUUUAUAAGGUUCUAGUGUCUGUGGGGAGAAGCGAGUGGUUUGUCUUCAGGAGAUAUGCAGAGUUUGACAAACUUUACAAUACUUUGAAGAAACAGUUUCCUGCCAUGGCUCUGAAGAUUCCUGCCAAGAGAAUAUUCGGUGAUAAUUUUGACCCAGAUUUUAUUAAACAAAGAAGAGCGGGACUAAAUGAGUUUAUUCAGAACUUGGUCAGGUAUCCAGAGCUUUACAACCACCCAGAUGUCAGAGCCUUCCUUCAGAUGGACAGCCCCAGACACCAGUCAGAUCCAUCGGAGGAUGAGGAUGAAAGAAAUGCUCCGAAGACACACUCUACCUCACAGAACAUCAACCUGGGACCAACUGGAAAUCCUCAUGCUAAACCAAGUGACUUUGAUUUUUUAAAAGUUAUUGGAAAGGGCAGCUUUGGCAAGGUUCUCCUUGCAAAACGGAAACUGGAUGGGAAAUUUUAUGCCGUCAAGGUGUUACAGAAAAAAAUAGUUCUCAACAGGAAAGAGCAAAAACAUAUUAUGGCUGAACGCAAUGUGCUCUUGAAGAAUGUAAAACAUCCAUUUCUGGUUGGAUUGCACUAUUCUUUCCAAACAACUGAAAAGCUUUAUUUUGUUCUGGAUUUUGUUAAUGGAGGGGAGCUCUUUUUUCACUUACAAAGAGAACGGUCUUUUCCUGAACACAGAGCGCGGUUCUACGCUGCUGAAAUCGCCAGUGCCUUGGGUUACCUGCACUCCAUCAAAAUAGUGUACAGAGACUUGAAGCCAGAGAAUAUUCUUUUGGAUUCUAUGGGACAUGUUGUCUUAACAGAUUUCGGGCUUUGCAAAGAAGGAAUUGCUAUUUCUGAUACCACCACCACCUUUUGUGGGACACCAGAGUACCUUGCUCCUGAGGUGAUCAGAAAACAGCCCUAUGACAACACUGUGGAUUGGUGGUGCCUGGGUGCUGUUCUCUACGAGAUGCUGUAUGGGCUGCCUCCUUUUUAUUGCCGAGACGUUGCUGAAAUGUAUGAUAAUAUUCUUCAUAAGCCCCUGAAUUUGAGGCCAGGAGUGAGCCUCACGGCGUGGUCCAUUCUGGAAGAACUCCUAGAAAAAAACAGGCAGAAUCGACUUGGUGCCAAAGAAGAUUUCCUUGAAAUCCAGAAUCAUCCUUUUUUUGAAUCACUCAGCUGGACUGAUCUUGUACAGAAAAAAAUCCCACCGCCGUUUAACCCUAAUGUGGCCGGACCAGACGAUAUCAGGAACUUCGACACAGUCUUCACGGAAGAGGCAGUCCCCUAUUCUGUGUGCGUGUCUUCUGACUACUCCAUAGUGAAUGCCAGUGUUCUGGAGGCAGACGAUGCAUUUGUUGGUUUUUCUUACGCCCCUCCUUCAGAAGACUUGUUUUUGUGAACAGUCUGAAGUUCAGAAACCAUUGGGCAAAUCAAGCCUGUGGAGGAGACGGAAACGCCGAUUUGUGUGAAUAUACUCAACUAUGUAUAACAGUGCCUCAUUUUUACAUGUAAUGUUGAAAACUAUGAAAUACAUAUUUUCUGCUGUAAGCAAGAAAUAGGGCAUUUCAAAGAGCUGAGUUUUGAACUGAUUUGUAUUCUUGUUUAUUAAGCUUAUUUUUAAAACUUUAAAGCUAUUAUUAUUCUUAGCAUUAACCUAUUUUUAAAGAUGACUUUUUGCUAUUGACUGUUUUUUUCCUGUUAAGUUUACACUAACACAUCCAAGAUAGACUGUUGUUAAUAGUCUGUUACAGCGAAGAUAAGAUGCAUUAAUAUCUUUAUACUUCUAUGACUUUUAUCAUAGCAGAACUAUGCAAAUGGUACAUGGGAGUUUAAGAUGACGUCACUGUUUAGAAUUUGCUUCUUGGUGAGAGUCGGAUGCAAAGGCAGGUUGAUGGCUACUCACGUGCAGCCCCUGGAAGACAGAAUGAAAUGAGAUCUUUGCUUUUGAAACGCUCCGUUCUCACCCAUGCAUCACGGCUCCUCUUGAGGAGAAGAAAGGAUUUGAUGGGUCGAGUUUUCGGAAUCCCCAAGGAGAUGAGAAGUAUAAAAAUGCUGCCAGAUGUUUUUAGUGGUGCCAAAAAUAAAUGUCUGUCAUAUAUUUAUAUUAUGUUUUCUAUUUAUGUUCCUUUUGACUCUUUGAAGGUUUAGUACACUGUUGAGUAGGUCUAAACCUUGGUGUCUGUUUUUGCAAAUAGCUAUUUCAAAACUGCCUUCCUAAUCGAUCAAGUUUUUAAAAUGACAGGGAAAAAAAAGUAGGUUUCUAUAAUGUUUACCUAAUUAUGAAUUAAAAAAUAAAAUAGCAAACCUGGGUCAGUGUAAAUGUAUGUCACCUGCUGCGCUGUAACGAAAGGUAACAGUGGUUUAGCAGAUACAUGUUCAGUACAUACUCGUUUGGAAGUCACAGGGGUCACGUACACACGGCCUCAUGAAGGCUAACACGAGUAUUCUCUACGUCUAAAGUGCACACCUGCCUCUAGUAUCCUCAUGCAUCUUAGAAAGAGUACAGAAAGCUGACCUGAAAUCACAUGUAAAAUAGUGUGUGCAUCUGUAAUAUUGGGUACAGAGAAACUAUUUAAAAGGGGGUGCUUAGCUUGGGAUCCCAGUUCUCAGAGGACAGUUUUUUCUGGCCCUUUAGAGAACAGUAUCCCGAGCUCAGCUGCACUAAGAACUAACUUCCUUUGCACGUGUUUUCUCGACAAAGAUCACAGAAGAGUUUCUCACCAGUACCUGCUGGCUUAGAUGUGGUCAGCAGAACUGGGACAGGCAGCGCUUGGCUUUGGCAGGUGGUGUUUCUAGCAGGACACUGGACCCUCCUUACAGAUGAAAUGUUCCGUCUACACUGUACAUAUUUUAUUGGGGGCACUUCCGUAAGACUUUACACAGUUUUUUGUUGAUUAUAAAUCAAGACAAAAAUUGUACAUGUAUGUUUUUUUACUUAUAUCUCUCAAUUAAAUUGCCAAAAAUUAAAGUGCAGUAUUGUAUUUUUAAGAACAAAUUUUAGAUUUUUAAUGUUUCCUGGAUCACAAGAAGUACAGAUCUAUGUAGUAUAAUAAAAUUAUCAGAAAGAUUAAUGAUCAACAUCUAAUUUCUGUUGUUAUUUGAAAUUAAAAUGAAUUA